UCAGACCCUCACUGAUUCACUCGAUCCGCGCGUGUUGGAGAGGGCUACCCGCUCCGCGAAGGUGUCGCCCACCCGCCGCUCAGUGCACCGCAGACAUCUCCGUUGGACGGGAACGUCCGUGAACAUUACCCGGCAGGCUGACGGACUGGCUUGCCCCUUCAUUUAUUCAACAGCACGACUGCGCCACACUUGGAGGCACGGAGGCUACCCGUGACUAGCAUCGCUACUGCCUGGAUCAAGGUGUUGAUAGUAGCUAGCCUGGCAGCUAAUUAACCGUCCUACCGGAGCGUCGUCACUGUGCUUCCCCCACCCGACAAGUCGACACUUAACGCAGCCGCGUGUCCGUGCUCUUUGCGCCGCCGGCGGCAUUUGAGACGAGAGCAGACCCGAGCACGAGCACGGUGCUCUCCGUAAGUGGCGCCUGCGUUGACACCACCAUCACACCCAUCUCCCCCAACCCCUUCACCUCCUGCCCCUCCUCCCUCCACCCGAAACACUGGACAUCCACAAGCGGCCGGGGAGCGGCGAACUGCCGGCGAAGCUGGGGGUGCUUUCGUUACCCGACCCGCACGGAGUCGUAGCGGCUUCAGACAAGAACAGUCGUGGGGAGCUACCGGCGAGUAUGGACGGGCUGGCCGUGGAAGUUCGCGGCUCGAAUGGGGCCUUCUAUAAGGGGUACAUCAAGGAUGUCCACGACGACUCGCUCACCAUCGUCUUUGAAAACAACUGGCAGCCGGAGCGACAGUUACCCUUCAGCGACGUGCGGUUGCCUCCUCCGGCCGACUACAACAAGGAAAUUGGCGAAGGAGAGGAGGUGGAGGUUUACUCCCGGGCUAAUGAACAGGAGCCAUGUGGCUGGUGGCUGGCCCGGGUCCGAAUGAUGAAGGGCGAGUUUUACGUGAUCGAAUAUGCGGCUUGCGACGCCACCUACAACGAGAUUGUCACAGCAGAACGCAUCAGGCCCCUGAACCCCAACAGCCCUUCCUCGCGAAAUUCCUUCCAUAAAGUCACCAUCAGUGUCCCAGAGGACCUGAGGGACAUCUGUGCGGGUGACAACAUUCACAAAGAAUUUAGGAAAGCUAUCGGCGCCAACUGCAUCUUCUUCAGUGCCCAAACACACGAGCUCAUAGUGCUGUCUACAAAUGAAACCACGAUAAAGCGCGCCACCCUUCUCAGCGACAUGCAUUUCCGCAGCAUCCGUACGAAGCUGAUGCUAAUGUCCCGUAACGAGGAAGCCACCAAACAUUUGGAGACAAGUAAGCAGUUAGCUUCGGCAUACCAGGAGGAGGUUUGUGUCAGAGAAGACCUGAUGGGUCUUGCCAUUGGCUCUCACGGGGCCAACAUCCAGCAGGCCCGCAAAGUACCCGGUGUCACCGCUAUCGAGCUGGAAGAAGAGAGUUGUACCUUCAGGAUCUACGGAGAGACUCCAGAGGCGGUAAAGCAGGCGAGAGAAUAUCUUGAAUUUAAAGAAGACUACUUUCAGGUACCCAGGGACCUUGUAGGCAAAGUCAUCGGCAAGAACGGCAAAGUCAUCCAGGAGAUCGUGGACAAGUCGGGCGUGGUCCGCGUCAGGAUCGAGGGAGACAACGACAAAAAGCUUCCCCGCGAGGAGGUAGGCAGGCAGGGGGCAGGCAGGGACGACACUGCCGGCAACAAAGAGGGCAUGGUUCCCUUCGUGUUUGUAGGGACGAAGGAGAACAUCAGCAAUGCCCAGGCACUGCUGGAGUACCACGUGUCUUACCUCCAGGAAGUGGAGCAGCUGCGCCUCGAGCGUCUCCAAAUUGACGAACAGCUCCGCCAGAUUGGGGUGGGCUACCGCGCGCCUCAGAAUCGAAGUGGGCCCGCCGGAGCCGACCGAGAGAAAGGCUACCUGACGGAUGAGAGCAGCAACUCGCUCCACGCUUCUCGCACCUACGGCGUACGCGGCAGGGGACGAAGAGCCUCCAACAGCAUGUACUCUGGAUAUGGCACAAACUCUGAGCUGUCUAAUGCUUCGGAAUCAGAGGAAGUAAACGAGCGUGACCAGCGGCCCCGCGGUAUCGGCGGAGAGGAGCGAAGUUCCAGACGGGGUGGUCGGGGGCGGGGCUCCAACUCCGGACGAGGCCGCGGCGGGCCGGGAUCCAAACCCGCCAACUCGAUCAGCUCAGUGCUGAGGGACCCUGACAGUAACCCUUACGCCCUGCUGGAUGGCGAGGGAGAGCUGGCUGACGCGGACCUCAGCGAAGGCACGGGAGGAGAGCGCCGGAGACGCUCCCGCCGCCGCCGUAACGACCAGGAGCCCAGCGUGAUGGACGCAGCGACUGAGUCUGAUAGCCAGGCCGGGCCCAAUGAGAACGGGCUGGAUGAAGAGGCCCGACCCCAGCGCCGCAACCGAAGCCGCCGCCGCCGCAACCGUGGCAGUCGCCCCGAGGGAGACUCGGCCAGCUGCGAUCGGCAGCCGACUGAUAGCGUGACUGUCGCCGACUACAUAUCCCGUCCGGAGUCCCAGAGCAGACAGAACCUUCCCUUGAAGGAAAACCACACCGGUCCUGAACCCAAGGAAAAUGGGACCAGCAGCAAAACGGAUGAGCAAACACCUUCUCAGCGUUCACCCAGCAAAGGCACGACACCAGCCAGCGAGGCCGUAACGUUGGUCAACGGCGUCUCGUAAUGAGUCCCGCCUCACUCCUCGCGAACCCAAGUCUCGAGCAAGACUCCAUGGCAAACUGUCCCUGCUUGCAUUAACGUAAACCUUAAACAGAUGAGUGAAAAGUACCUGACACAAUUCCUGAAUCCAUACUAUGAGAGUGGAGAAAAAAAAACGACGCAUCUACAUGAAAACCCCACGGUGUAUGCUAUGUCUCAUCUAUCAAUACUUAGUGCUUAUUUAAAAAAAAAAAAGUAGCUUGCCAAAAAAAAAUGGCGGGUAUGACUUGAGUUUGAAGGAAAAUGCUGAGACACAACAGAAAGGACUAGUUUAUCUCGUCUCUCUUAUGUUGUUUUGUUUCAUUGUUGAUCACUGGUUUGGACUCGGCAGUCUCGGACGCGUUUUUCAACAGCGUUGCAGUGCGGGCGCGAGAGGGUGUAAACUGGCGAGUGACACACAAAGCAGAUGCGUCGCAGUGCUCAAACUCGGAGGCUGGAAUAUUGAUUGAUGUUGUGCCUUGAAUUUGAAAAAAAUAAGAUUUUUGUUUUCAUCUUGGGAGGAAAGUUGGGAAGUGUGUUUUUUUUUGGGGGGGGGUCGCUGGGAGAGAAUUGACUGACUGAGGGAGUGUUAGAGUGAGGAAGAUUUAGUACUAGAGGGAGUGGCUUGGGGUUGAGGGCGCACAAAGUAAGGUGCCAAACGACCUGAUUUCAAGGCACUUUCCUCAUUCCAAAUAGAAUGGACAACACAGAAACGUAAAAAAUGCAGGGCUGAAUACGUAACACAGCCCGGGGCCUUAUCCCAUCCCAAGGCAUCCUAAUUGAAACAGCGACGGGGUUUGAGGUGAUGCGUCAGACAACCCGUUUUGACAUCCCAAAGUGGUGGCCGGGAUGCCUUUCUCAAUGUGACAAACUGCAGACUUCAACCGUAGACAUGAAAGAGAAAUAGCGCUAGCUUCCAGCCGCGGUCUCGACAAACCACGGGCAGCGCGCGGCCCCGGAUGCACGUGUAGGGGCGACCGCCUUCUUGCGGGUGUAUGCUGCCGUUGCGCAAGGCCCGGUGGGGGGCGAAGAACUGUGGGACUGGGACAGCUUCAAAUGAGAUGAGAGCCACAUAUGCCAACACACACAAAAACCAAGUGCGAGAACAGGCGAUUGCCCGCCUGGCACAAGCGUAGGGGGCCGCAACACAGGGUGUCCGUUUUGGGUUUGGGCGAGUGGACUCCGAGCUGGGGGGGCCCCGCAGUGGCUCUCUGCUCAUGUUACUGUUGUCUUGGUUCCCGCUUUUUUUUUCUUGCUAUUUCCACAUCUUAGAAAAUACAAAAUAAAAAAUGGAAGUGAAAUCAA